GCAAUAAAUCGUGUGAGAACUCAAUCAUCUUUUUAAACACACAUAUAUUCUUGAACAACUUCUACGGCCAAGUCCCUCGAUAUGAACCCGUCCAUCAUUUCCAUGCCAUUAUGAAUCCAGAUUCUGUGCCAUCCUCAUCACCAGGGUUUGGGACUCCUGUUCAUCCCUUGCGGUCAAACAAACUCACUCCUAUUCCGACAAGAACGUCUGUACUGCCCAUCUUACUCCCCCCCGCCACACUCCGACCUAUCGCAUUUCGUACCUUUACUAGGAAACAUAAUUUGACGCUAUCUUCUUCUGCUCUCCAAUCUUUAGCUGGUUUUGUGGGUAAGCACUGCGGCUCAGGAUGGCGCGAAGAAGGUCUCGCGGAGCGCGUGCUCGAUGAAGUCGCGAAGAGUUGGAAGAAGGCCGGAGGUGGCGUUAUCAUCGAGGAGGGCAGAGGAGCUUCUCUGAAAGCUAUUCUUGAGACAUUGGAGGGAAACAUGAGCGGUGGCAGGUUGAUUGAUUCGAAAUCUGCGUCAAAAGAAGGAUCUACGCGAACUACAAGCGCUGGCGGGAUGCUCAGCUUACAGCCUUCCAUGUCGAUGAUGACGACGAUUGAUGACCAAGAAUCGAACAAGUCAGAUGAUACAGUAAUACACCCUAGGCAUUGGAUUAAAGUGAUUGGGGCAUUUGACACUCCGAGACUGGCCUACAAUGCGGAGAAAAAGAACUUUGAAGUCACGAAAAUCAAACCCUCUCUAUUUCCAGAACCUUCGCACAAGACCGCGUUAUUUAGAGAUCGAUAUAACCUUGUUCAUCAGCGUCUGCUGCGAAAUGAGUUAUUCCAAGUGCCUUUAGCGUCUGCUUCUAUGCCUACUUUGCAGCGAUCUUCAUCUACAUUUGCAAGAUCCCAGUGCUACAAGCUUACGCCUGUUGCGAACCUACUUGGAAGAAGUGGUACAUCUCAUUUGUUACUCGGUCUACUUUCUAUAUCCCCUACGGGCGAGCUAUCUCUUACCGAUUUGACGGGAAGUAUUGUCUUAGACCUGAGUCACGCUCGUCUCAUCCCUAAGGGUGGCGCCUGGCUUACGCCGGGCAUGUUUGUACUCGUCGAUGGCAUUUACGAGGAGGAGGAGAAUGUCAGGGGCUCCACGCUAGGCGGCAACAGCGGGAUUGGAGGUGCGAUAGGAGGUAAGUUCGUUGGAGUGACAAUUUGUGGUCCUCCUUGUGAACGCCGAGAAACUUCGCUUGGAAUGAGUAUCCACGGUAAAAACGAGGAUAUCAGCUCUAGUGGCGGCUUUGGCUGGGUGGACUUCACUGGAGUAGGGAGUGAGCGUGCUCAAGGUUCUCGAAUGAGACGAAUUCAGACAAGGUGUCUGCACGAGGCUCACGAUGGUAAUCAGUUGAAUCGCCGUUUCAAGAUUGUCAUCAUGGGUGAAGUUAAUCUUGACAAUAUGAAGACGAUGGACGCUCUGAGGAAAGUCUUUAGUCUAUACAACGAUUCGGCUGUGCAGGAGCGUCCUUUGUUGUUCGUCUUGGUUGGGAAUUUUGUUCAGAAAGCAAUAAUUAAUGGCGGUGGUCAGGGCGGGAGCAUCGAGUACAAGGAAUGUUUCGACAUGCUUGCAUUGGUGUUGUCCGAUUUCCCUUCGUUGCUACAGCGGUCUACGUUCAUCUUUGUGCCUGGAGACAAUGAUCCCUGGUCUUCGAGCUUCUCAGCGGGUGCUUCAUCUACGAUACCACGCUAUGCAAUCCCAAACUUAUUUACUUCCAGAGUGAAACGUGCAUUUGCAUCGGCAAAUUCUCAAAUGGACCGAAAUCAAUUGUCAGAGCCUCCCGGGGAGGCUAUUUGGACUACCAACCCUUCACGCAUUUCUCUGUUCGGCCCGGUCCACGACAUUGCUAUACUUCGGGAUGAUAUUUCCAGUCGUUUGAGACGCAAUGCAGUGACUGUCGGUCAUAAUACUGCGGAUAUGGGAGGUGAUUUGAGCAGCGCUGUUGAACCAGAAGAUCAAAUUCAUGCUGGAGACCAACAAGGAGCUGGUAUCUCCAACCAAACUUCACCAGUCACUCUCUCGGCCCGAAAAUUGAUCAAGUCAGUACUGGAUCAAGGCACCAUGUCUCCUUUCCCUCAAUCUGUACGCCCUAUACUAUGGGACUAUGCAUCCUCUUUACAGCUUUAUCCUCUACCGACUGCUUUUAUUCUUGCCGACCCCGAGAUUGCACCUUUCUGCUUGACGUAUGAAGGUUGCCAUGUGAUGAACCCUGCAAGGUUCAUACCCGAAGGCGGCUUAUCCACUAUGACAACUGAAGAGAAUGCCGAACGGUGUGUAGAAGCUGCAGUGGACGUUUACAAAGCGUAG